UAAGAAUUAAGAAGAGGCUGGAGUAAAGGACUGAAGGCCGAUCGGCUCUUGCCCGGCUGCUCUCCAGUCUCCACGACUUCAAGGUGUUCAAGACACCCAACCGGCAACUGACUGCCAUCGCCACCGCGCCAGUCCGACACCGCGCUAAUCCGCCACCGCGCCACGCCUUCAUGAUCUCGUCCGCUGAAUAGGUCCCGCCGCUCCUGCCUUCGCGCUCGCAACCUCCAGCGUCGCACAGUUCGUUGCCUCCAGCCUCAAGGUAAUAGACAUGGCAGCUUUGCUGAGAAUGAGAGGCAUUAGUGCUUACCAUAAACAUAGGCACGACCUUUCCUUCCUGAAUUUGAAUCUGAAUGAGUCACUUUGCAGUGGUCAACUCUUCAAGGUACGCCCAAUGUGUAGUUCUGCCAAAUUUGACGAUGACGACACUACCUCUUACAAUUCUCCUCCAGAACCUAUUCCCAAUAGGGCCUUGAGAGAUGAUUCUAGAAGACCAUCCUAUGUUCCCCAGAGAAAAUUCCAACCUCGCCCUUCUGCUAAUUUCAACCGCUCUGGUGAUCAAAAUAGAAACCAGAGUCAACAGAAUAGUUUUGCUGAAGAUUUUCUCAAAAGAUUUCAGCUUGAUUAUAAUGAAAAAAUCAGCUCAAGUCUUACUAAUCCGCCUGAAGAGAAUAGUGCCGACACUUCUACUGCAGAGGCACUCCCUCCACCACAAACUGCAGACGAGUUAUUCAAGAAAAUGAAAGAAAAUGGCUUGAUUCCAAAUGCUGUAGCAAUGCUUGAUGGACUCUGCAAGGAUGGGCUGGUCCAAGAGGCCAUGAAGCUCUUCGGGCUUAUGCGUGAAAAGGGCACUCUUCCAGAAGUGGUUAUAUACACUGCUGUCAUUGAGGGUUUCUGCCAGGCAAAUAAAUACGAUGAUGCUAUGAGGGUUUUCCGUAAAAUGCAAAGCAAUGGCAUAACUCCUAAUGCUUUCACUUUUAGUGUCUUGGUUCAGGGACUCUGUAAAGGGAUGAAAUUGGAAGAUGCGUUUGGAGUGUGUUUGGAAAUGUUGGAGGGAGGCCAUUCCCCCAACUUAGCAACCUUCAUUGGUUUGGUUGAUGUGUAUUGUAAGGAAAAGGGGCUGGAAGAUGCCAAGAACAUGAUUCAAACACUGAAGCAGAGGGGAUUUUACCUUGAUGCGAAAUCUGUUAAGGAGCACUUGACAAAGAAAGGACCAUUCGUGUCUAUGGUUUGGGAGGCAACCCUGGGCAAGAAACCUCCAUCCCCACCGAAUCUGUUUGAAUAACUUUAUAUUCUUGGGAGUUAAUCGAGUUUUCUUCCAACACCUCACUUACCAUGUUUUCACAUAUUUUCUUCUUGGUUACCCGUAGGCCGUAGUUGCUAUAAGCAACUAUUAAUAUAUGGAUUUUGUAUGAAGCCAGUUAACUAGAACUUCACCCAAUGCAUGCUGAUAAAGAGUGCUUUUGAUUUGUUUAUGGGUGGAUUCUAAACUAUGCACAAUCUGAGGAGAUGAGUCUAUAUGCGUAGAGCUUGUUCAGGGCUUAUUGUUUAUUUUAA